CGGCCUGGCGGGCCACCUCCCGCCCGAGCCCGCCAGCCCGCCGGCCGCUUCCGCUCUCACGCAAGCGCAGCAGCCGGGCAGCGGACGCCGCCGGCACGAUGGUCCUGGACAGCGUGGCCCGCAUCGUGAAGGUGCAGCUGCCCGCCUACCUCAAGCAGCUCCCGGUCCCCGACAGCAUUACCGGCUUCGCCCGCCUCACAGUUUCAGAAUGGCUCCGCCUACUGCCCUUCCUCGGAGUACUUGCACUUCUGGGCUACCUCGCAGUUCGUCCAUUCUUCCCGAAGAAGAAACAGCAGAAGGAUAGCUUGAUUAAUCUUAAAAUACAAAAGGAAAAUCCGAAGGUGGUGAACGAAAUAAACAUUGAAGAUCUGUGUCUUACAAAAGCAGCUUAUUGUAGGUGUUGGCGUUCCAAGACGUUUCCUGCCUGUGAUGGGUCCCACAAUAAGCACAAUGAAUUGACAGGCGAUAACGUGGGUCCUCUCAUCCUGAAGAAGAAAGAAGUAUAACAGUAGCCAUUUAAGAUGAAACUCUGACAUAUUUCCACGUUUGUUGUGCAUAGAAAAAUCUUUGGAAGUUUUAACUGUCAGUGCUGGUUGAAUAAUUAUUUUCUUGCUACACUACUGCGUAUAUUUGGUACUUUAUAUAUUCAGUCAUUUGUAUAGAAAUCAAGCAGUCAGGUCUCAUUCUGAAAUCAGAUUUAAUGCAUCUUUCAGCAAUAAAGUUAGCACUUCAGAUUUUAAUUAAUUGGAAAUUUAAAGUUUGACUGUGGGUCAAAAGUUAUUUCUUUGUAUAUUAGUAUUUCAACAGAAUGUAUAGUUUUUAAAAAUUCUCCCUUGCUGUUAAAUGUAUCUUUAUGUUGUCUUGUUUUGCUCUUUUGAAGUCAUUGGCCAUUUUUUGGCCUUUUGUGGAACUCUGCUGCUUUUAGAAGAAUUUUGAAAAGUAUUGCCAUCGAGAAUAUUUUGAGGCAGUGAAACCCCUUAUUUUAUAGAGAUUUUUUUUAUCUUAUUACCAUGAUUAUCCCAAUUUCUAAAAAGUAAAUCAGAUAUAAAAAAUUUCCAAUGAGAAACAAUUAUUUUCAUCUUACAAAAUGGUUAUGGUUCAUCUUACAAAAGCCUUGUUCUGUGUGCGCGUGUGUGCGCUUGUGUGUGUGUUGGUGACUUCUGAGUGGUAAGUGCACUUAUAAACUGCAGUUUGAAGGUCACUUAGAUAUAAAGUAUAUCUGAAUUUGUGUUAAAAUGAUGCAUAGUUCGUUGCUCAAAAUUAUGUGUUAUCUUUUUUGUUGUUAAUUAUAGAGAAAUGGCAACAGGAUAUUAAGUUACUUGUACUCUAAUGGAUUCAAUUUGUGUAUACUGAGGACAAAUAUUUUGGUCUUUUUAAAAAGAGAUAACUCCUUUAUUGUAUUUUUUUAACUUCACAAAAUAUAGAUGAAACACUUGUGUGUGUAUAAUGACAGAAAAAAAGUCUGGUGGGACCUGUGACGGAGCACAGUCUGCCCGCUCGGGUAAGGACAAGCAAGGGUUCUGGCUUUUACUUUCCAUUUCUCUAUUUGUUUCCCCCAACAAACGUUUAUAUGCUUUUAAUUGAUUUUUUAAAAUCGAGGCUUUGACUAAAAUUGUCAUAGCAUAAUUAAGCUCUUUAGGCCCAUAUGAUAAGAUCUUGGAUUGGUUGUCUAAAGAUAGAGUGGGAAUUGCAGGAAGCGUAAUCACAAAGGGAUUAGACAGAGGCUGUGCAAGGCGAGGAAGCCAGGCAUGUGUUACAGAAAAUACUGAAAAAAACCAACCAACAAACAAACACUCAUUUCACUUUCUGGCUCCUAAGUGAAAUGAUAUGUCAAGGACAAAAUCGGAUAUAUAAAGAAGGUGAGGUUUAGUAAGAACUUCAGCUCUGCCCUAGAACCGUGUUACCUCCAGAAGCAGGCAGGGUCAGACAAGACAGUUAAACCUGGGGACACGCAUUGUCAAGUCUGCCAGAUGGGAUCGACCAUUGCUAGGGAUUUCUUAUGCAUCAAAUGAGCACAUAGGAAGCCUGGCACUGCGUGCUGUGUGUUCUCGUUCUUUAGCUGCCCUGCCCUGCCCUGCAGUCUGAGACAGACUAGUGGCAGGCUAAAAUGGAAAUGAUGGCGAGUCAGCUCGGUGUGUAGUUAAGUCACACGGACACAUUUUAUAGUCUUAGUUUGUGUAUUGUGAAGUAUAAAUAAUGUUAAAACAGAUAUGUUUUAGAAAGACUUAUUUCAUGUGUAUGAGUGCUUGUCUGUAUGUCCAUCUGUCUGUCUGCACGUAUGUCUGCACCGUGCACAUGCCUGGAGCCGGAGGAAGCCAGAGGGUGUUGGAUCCCCUGGAACUGGAAUUAACAGAUGGUUGUGAGCUACCAUGUGGGUGCUGGGGACUGAACCCUGGUCUUCUAGAAGAACAUCCAGUGCUAUUAACAACUGAGCCAUCUCUCUAACCCUAUGAAACUUUUAAUAAAAGAAGUUAUGAUUAAAAUUGCAGCUGAAAUGUGGAAGGAAAUAUUACAAAAGACAAAAGUGGUACAGAGUUGUGUUUGCUCACUUACGGUACUAUGGAUGGAACCCAGGGCCUUACAUGUUCUGGUGAGAGCCCUUUACACUGAGCUCCAUCUUAAGUUGUAUCUUUAUAAUAGCAUCAACCAUUGAAACAAAAUACAAGAAAGUUUUCCAUAUAUAUUUACUGGAAUUUUUAAAUUAUUUGUAAUUUUAUCCUACUAUCAAGUCUCUUUAGUUUUAUUUCACAACUCUUAUGUAAGAGCUGGUCCUAAACUAUUAAAGAUACAACCUACUCGGUU